AUGCUGACCGCGCUCGCCCUGCCAGCGGUGCCUGGGAUCCCGAGGCAGCUGCCCACGGCCCACGCGCAGCGCCAGGACUCCUCCGGUUCGUCAGGCUCCUACCACACGGCUCCGGGUUCUCCAGAGCCCCCGGACGUUAGGCCGGACGCGGAAGACCGAGUGAAUUGGCCCUGGGUGGCCCCGGGGCGGGGGGCGGGCGCGCAGCCUCGCCUGUCCGUCAGCUCCCAGAAUAGCCGCCAGCAGCACUGGCCCGGCUCGUAUUUCCCUGGAGGCUCGGGCUCCGGCCCGCGGCCACCGCAGCCCCAGCUGCGCACGCUGCCGUCGGGGGAGAUGGAAGUCAUCUUCGGCGUCGGGCCCCUGUUCACCCGCUCCGCCGCGGAGGAUCUGGAGGUGCAGCAGCUCAUGGAGCCGGCCUUUGGCAGCCCCUUGCCGCCAGGGCCAGAGUCUCCCACCCCUGUCCCAACGCAGCCCAAGGCCCUCGACGGUGGCUCUCGCUGGGCCACAUACCUGGAGCUGCGUCCCCGGGGACCGAGUCCCGCCGCCCCAACGCAGUUUGAGUGUGUGGAGGUGGCGCUGGAGGACCACACCGUGCCCGCCAGGCCCCGGACUGUGCCCAAGCGUCAAAUCGAGCUGCGCCCCCGGCCCCAGAGUCCCCCGCGGGUGGCUAGCGCGCCAUGCCCGCGGCUACUCCUGCGUACCGGCUCCCUUGACGAGUCACUGAGUCGACUGCAAGCCGCGGCGGGCUUCGUACAGACAGCUCUGGCCAGAAAACUGAGCCCCGAGACCCCAGUGCCUAGUAGCGCCGCCUUCGGGCCCACAGGACAGUCGGAACCUGAGACCCAGGAAACGUCCCGCGGCACCCGUGUGGUCCCAGAGAAGAUUAAGUCUCAGCCACUCCGCAUACAAGAUAGAUUGGCCCCGGUCAAAGCCCCGCGACCAUGGCCCAGCCUCCGAGAGCGAGCGAUUCGGCGCGACAAGCCCACUCCCGGGACGGAACCGCUGGGUCCUGUUAGUUCUAGCAUCUUCCUGCAGUCAGAAGAGAAGAUCCAGGAAACGCGCAAGACUCGGUUCCCGCAAGAGACUUCGGAUCGAACGGUCCGGAGGGUACGGUGUCCGCCUAUCGAGUCUGGAGCCCCCUGGGAGGGUCCCAGUAGGACUGUGAGGCCAAGAAGCCCAUCCCCGCAGUGGCAGGCUCCAAAUGGGACUGUGCGAGGGCCUCGCUGCCCAUCCCCCCAGAACCUGUCCCCGUGGGAUCGGACCGUACGUAGGGUGAGUAGUCCGUCGUUCCCAGAAGUAUCCUCCGCGUGGGAAAAUCAGAAUCCCCCAGUCGAAGAAACCGUCAGGAGGAGAAGCCCUACACCUCCGACCCCUUCCCAGUGGAAUCAGGGUGUGGCUAGGGCAAGCAGCCCAUCCCGCGAAGCUCCUUCCCAAUGGGAGAUUGUACGUCCCGCAGGUGGGUGUGCAGAAGAGCCAGAUAGAAACUCGUCCCCGCCGGCCUUGCUCCCCUGGGAAGCUCCAGGUCGGCCUAUUGGUACUUGGAGCCCAUCGCCCCAAGAGAAGUGGGAUCCCAUGGUGCACAGCUCAUCCGUAGUAUUUACACGCGAAGCUCAGAAGAACGUAGAUCAGGAGGAGUUGGUAUCAUCUACCCCAUCCGCUCCCGGGACUCCAGUACCAACAGAAGUGCAGAGUCCAUCCACGCAGGAGAUUCCAGAUCUUCCCUUUCGAGGCAGUCAGUCAUUGCCAGAGGCAGCUGCACCUGGGCCGCCCUGCAGUCACCUUGUGACCACCCUGGACGUUGAUGAGCGUCCAGAAGCCUUGGCCCAUGAAAAAGCGGCCUCGGUACGUCAGCGCGUGGCCAUUCCGCGGCCCCGAGAUGUGCGCAAGAUGGUGAAGACCACAUACGCGCCAAGCUUCCUGGCGGGAAGCCCUGGCUCUGGGCUGCCUGCGCCUCCUGCUGACCCCUGCGGGGAGGAGGGUGGCGCAUCCAAGACACAAGAGCUUCAGCCGCUAGGGCCCCCAGCCCCAGCUCACUACACUUCCAUUUUCCUUAAGGACUUCAUGCCGGUCGUACCGCACCCCUACGAGCCUCCAGAGCCGCCCCUUGACAUAGUCCCCCGGGACGCCUCGAAACCCAACGGGGUCGUGCGGCGGAGGGCAGAGAACACCACGGCAAAACCCUUCGCGCGCACAGAGAUCCGCCUGCCUGGUGCCUUGGCCUUGGGCCGCCGGCCCGAGGUAAGCCCUGGAGUCCGAGUGCUUGGUCUUGGCGGAGAGAACCGGGAUUCAGAGACCCAGCGCCUCGUCCCCGACGGCGAGGGUCGAACGAGCCCUCUAGGCGGCGCUCGCAGCUCAUCCCAGCGGUCCCCCGUAGGGGCCCGACCACUCCUCCCCAGCUCCCCACAGGCACACCCCAACUCGAGCCCUGAGACAGCACCCAAACUGGAGACACCUCCUGAGGCCCCCGCGCCCACAGCUGCAGUCCAGGAGCCCCUGUCGCAGGAGCCCCAGGCGUCAACCGGCAGAAGGGUCCCUGCCCAGCCUCGAGCUGCCUCGGCGCCUCCUACCGACCGGUCCCCGCAAGGCCCCUCCCAGUGGCUGCGCAGGCCACCCGGGGCCGCUCAUCCGGGGAAAGUCCUGGUGGACCCGGAGAGCGGCCGCUACUACUUUGUGGAGGCUCCGCGGCAGCCUCGGCUGCGUCUGCUCUUCGACCCCGAGAGCGGGCAAUAUGUGGAAGUGCUGCUGCCAUCUGCGUCUCCCGGGCCACCCCGUCGCGUCUACACCCCAAUGGCCCUGGGGCCCAGCCUCUACCCGCCCGCCUAUGGUCCUAUCCAUGGCCUUUCACUGCCGCCGUCCCCGGGUCCCUCAGCCCUCAACAGCCCCCAGCUACCAUGGGCCUCUGAGGCAGGACCCUUGGACGGAAUGUACUACCUUCCAGUGAGUGGGACCCCCAGCCCCACACCUCCUCUGCUCCUCUGUGCCCAGCCCUACAGCUCCGGUACCACCCAGCCGGGCAAGGGCUCCUUGUUCCCGUUGUGAGACAC